AUGACUUCCCUUUCUGCCAUUUCUUAUUAUAUUCUCUUUGCUCUUUCACGCUGUUCAUUUUCUGUUGUUGAUUAUCUCCCUUUUCCUUUUCCUUUUCUUCUUUCUCUUCUAAUUAUUUCCCUUUAUUUUUUCUCUCUCUCCUUCAUUCCUCUUUACAUUCGUCUUCUAUCUUUUAUUUCUUUUCUCUCUAUUUUUCUUCCGUAUUCUCCCACAUCUUCCUUUUCUUUUCUUUCACUUCAUUUGCGUUCGAACCUCGUCUUUUUCUCUUCCUAUUUAACGUUUAUCCUUUCACCGGACAUCUCUCAUAUUUAUAACGCUUUCUCUCUCUCUCUCUCUCUCUCUCUCUCUCUCUCUCUCUCACUUUUUUUUUAUAUCGAUUUUCAUCUUUCUUUCCCCUUUCCUACUCUCUUUCUCUUAUUAGGUUGCAUCUCUCCUCAUUCUUCUCUCACCCUCUUUUCUAAAAUAUUUGUCUGCUGCUUCUCUUCGUUUUGUGAUAUAUUUCUUUCCUUCAUUUCUUCUUUUUCUCUCCGUUUGUUUCAUGGACAAAUGUCAUUUUUUUUUUACAUGAGUUUUUUCUUUUUUCUUUUCCCACUCGAUUGUCUCUCGCUUUUCCGCAUUGCAUUCCUCAUUCUUUGCUGUUACUCUCUAUUAUUUCUUAUUCCUUUCUUUUUCCAGGAUUUUUGUAUUCUUUUUGUAUCUCCUCUCUCACUUUUUCAUUUUUGGCGGUUUUUUCUUUUUUCUUUCUUUCUUUCUUUCUUUCUUUCUUUCUUUCUUUCUUUCUUCAUAUUUAAUUUUUCUUUAAUAUUUUUCCUUUUUCCUUUCUUUUUCUUUCUUUCUUUCUUUCUUUCUUUUUUUCUUUCUUUCUUCACUUCGUUCUAUUUACUUUUCUUCCUGUUUUCUUCUUUUCCUACUUAA